UUCUAGAGACUUCUUGAGCCUUGGCGUCUUAGGAAGCAGAGGGGAUCAAGCUUUUCCUUUCUUUUCUUCCCUUCUCUUCUCUCUUCGAUCUUUUCCCUCACGGAAACUGCUGCUAAGGUUCCAUACGGUAUCUUUAUUUUUAUUUUACACUUGGUGAUUUCUGUACGUGGGUUUGCGUCUUUUCUGUGUUUUAGCUUCUGGGUUAGUCUACUUUGUCGACAAUAAAGAAUUUUGUUCUUCGGUGUGCUGGUUUUGUGGGGUUUUUUAGAGUGUUUCUGAGAGGAAGAAUGGCAAAUGGAGAAGAUAAAAGCAAAAGUAAAGACUAUUAUCAAGUUUUGGGAUUGAACAAGGAAUGCACUGCAACAGAGCUCAGGAAUGCUUAUAAAAAACUUGCACUGAGAUGGCACCCAGAUCGCUGUUCAGCUUCAGGGAGUUCACAGUUUGUAGAAGAAGCGAAACAGAAUUUUCAGGCAAUACAACAGGCCUACUCUGUUCUCUCUGACGCCAACAAGAGGUUUCUGUACGAUGUAGGUGCUUAUGACAGCGAUGAAGACGAGAACGGAAUGGGUGAUUUUCUGAGUGAAAUGGCAACCAUGAUGAGCAAAACAAAGCCUAAUGAAAAUGGGGAAAGCUUCGAGGAGUUGCAAGAAUUGUUUGAACAAAUUUUUCAAGAGGAUAUCGAGUCAUUUGGAGGAAGCUGUCAAGCUGCUGCUGUUGCUGCUACUACUACUUUGUCUUCUUCUACCUCUUCUCCUUAUGCAUCUUACAGUGAAAGUUCCCACUGCAACGACAAGCGUAAUUCCUCUGAGAUGAACUUCGGGGAGUUCAAUGAUGUGGAGGGGACUCUUGGCUUUGGCUCUCACUUUCAGAAAUUCUGUUUAGGGACAGGUGGAACACCAGCAAAAUUUCAAGAAAGGGAAGGGAGCAAGAGGAGGAGUAAUUCAAGGAGGAGCAGGAGGUAGAAGUGGAAAGGGACAUGGCAGGAAACAAAAGGUUUCUUCAUCUGGCCUUAAUGUGUCCUCCCAAGACCAUGGAAUUUCUACUUCAUGAAACCAUGGUUGCACCACCACUGCCACCAACUCGCUCACUUCCUCGGCUGAUACGGAUGCAAGUCGGCUGUGAAGGAGAUUAAUUAGGUAUGGCAUUGCCUGGCCAACACAGACUCAUGGGCGUAAUUCUUGUUCGUCUUAACGGGUGAAGAAGCAACCAAGAAACACUGGAAACCAAAACCAAAGCAAGUUUCUAAGCAGGGUGGCGACGCUCACAGUGAAAAUUUGUGGUUGUUGACACUCCUGUUUAACUUUGUUCGGGGGCAGUGUUUACCUCUUAGUUGUUUAUGUUCCUUGAGUUUGAUUGUAAUAAAAAUUUUCUUUACUUUUUCCCCUA